AUGUCGGAGUUCAAAGAGCGGGCUGCACGCCCUGCCCAGGAUAACGACGACGCGUACUCGGGCAGCAGCUACAUGUCGGACGAAUACACCCUCCCGGGGGGCAGCGUGGACGACGAUGCCCGCAGCAUCGCCAGCGCCUCGUCGUAUGAGUCCUACGACUCCUUCUGCCCCCGCGAGCGCCUCCCCUCGUACCGCGUCCCCAGGGACCAGGGCACGUCGCAGCCCGUCUACGAGGCCUGGGUGCUGUGCAUGUCCCACGAGAACGACCACGAGGUCACGAAGCUGACGUCCUGCGGCUUCGACAUCCUGUCCGCCCACGACGAGGAGAGGCCCUUCGUGGUCUCCCGCACGGAGGCCUACGAGCAGCAGGAGCUGAGCGGCAUGACCCUCGCCUCUGUCAACAGCUACCACGCCGCCAACAAGCGCGGGUUUGCCGCGCGCCUCCUCCGCGGCAGGCCAAAGACGUACGAGCAGGACCUGGACGAGCGCCUCCGCAAGCUGCCCGUCUCUCUCCAGUCCAACCUCAACGGCCUCCUCCGCAACCGCGAGGAGGCCACCUCCAACCGCUUCCGCCGCCGCGAUUGGACCGUCGCCAUGAUGCGCGAGCAGUACCGCUACCGUUUCGCGAGCGCGGCGCCCGAGCCGGUCAAGAAGAAGGGCCUGUGGAAGGGGAAGGACUCCCGGCGGGUCGAGUACCUCUUCGUCAUCCGGGGCGCCGAGGGCAGGGUGGCCGCCGAUGACAAGGGCAUGUACCAGCCGCGGGAGUUUGGCAACCCCUGGAAGAGGGUCGACGAGGAGGAGAGGCAGCUGCGCGAGCGCUCCAAGGACAUCCGGCGAUUCGGCAAGGAGUGCGUCCGUGAUGGGUGGUUUCCCAGGCCCCGAGGGCGGUCGCUGUCUCCCAUGCCCAACGCCCCCGGUCCUGUGCCACGAUUCCAGGACUGUCCACCUCAACCCCGCGAGGUGGUCACGGUAUGUGAGCGCGGCAGGCCUUUCAGUCGCAGCCGAAGCCAGAGCCGCAGCCGCAGCCGCAGCCCAUCAUACCCACCUCCGAAGAACGAGUGUCUCCCUCACCUGAACCCAUUCGUGCCCCUGCCCGUGCCCAUGGGCGGCAUGCCUCCUCUGCCGCCUACGCCGGGGCCGUACCUGUGCCCGACGCCUGGUCGGUACAUGGCCCCCCCUUACGUGCCCGCAGGAAAUCAUCUUCCACCGUUCGCACUGCCUCCCUUUGAGCCCUGCAUGCGCUCACAACUCCACGGCCCACCGCACCCGAGCGACCUGGCCCCAGAGCCCUGCGAAUGGCCACAGCCCUACGCAAUCCCCCAGGCCUACGCAAACGCAGAGCCCCUCCCACGGGCCGACCAGCUCCCCAUCCCCAUCCCCAUCCCCGUGCACCACGCCGCCGCCGCCCCGUACCCCUUCGAGAUGUCCUCCCCGCCGCAGUCCCCGCGCGCAUCAUCCUUCCACUGCGUGGGAGGCGCCCCUCCCGCGGCGCCGCCGCCAGGGGGCUUCCCGACCAUGGAGGCCUGCCACCGUUUGUUUGACGCCGAAUUCGCGCAUGACAGUGACGACGAGGGCGACGAGGGCGAUGACGAAAAGACCGCCGCCGCCGCCGCCCAAGCCCAGCAACCUGACCACGCCGACCGAGUUCUCGCCCGCGUCGUCCCACCACACCGGGUCGACCGUGCAGAGCACGGACGGUGCCACGACGACGCCCGGGGGCCCUGGCAUGGAAGUCUUCUGGGAGUAGGGGCCCUCAUCAGAGCUUAA